AUGGAUUCGGACUCUGACUCAUACGAGAAACCUGGCGGAAAACUCGUUGAGCCCGCCGUCCUCUUCUUAUCAGGUCAAUCUGUCCUCACUGAGGCUGCAACUCCAACCCCGCUUUACCAACUGAACAGUGACAUCACGUCAAUCUCAAAUAAGGACUCGUCCGUGACACUCGAAAGAGUCGAGCACGAUGUAUCUGAGAUCGAUGGCGUCACUGCUGGCACGCGGCAAAAGCGGCAUCUUUUCUACCUCGCACACCCUGUGAAUGCGCAAUACCGGUCCGACAUACCUGCUAAGUAUUACAUCACUUCUGCAGCACCCGAGAUGGUGGGCAAUAUUCGCCUCGAGACAUCCGAAGCACGGUUGCAAAGGACAUCCUUCAAAGCGAUGUUAAGCCCCCACAAAACCGCUUCGGAUAAGCCAUUGUUCGACGAGGGCACCCAACAAGUCCUAUUGUUUGAUAUCUACUCAGAUUGGAAGGUCGGUCGCAAUUGCUAUAAGUGGAGCGACUCCAAUGGCAGACAGGUCGCUAUUGAAGAAAAAGAGAAUGACAGAUAUAAAUUAUCCAUUACGAGGAGUAUGCCGCAGGAGUUGAGGGAUGCAUUGGUUGCUGCAUGGCUAUUGAGACUGUGGCACGACACGGCUGAGAGUAAACAAGCGAAAAGGCAAUUCUUUGAAAGCAUGACAUCACCAGAAGCGUAUCGGGAAAGCAUGAAGCCAUAUGUUCCGAGGCAGUGCAUAAUCAUGUGA